AUGUCCUACGACGGGCCAGUGAUCGACUACGGGCCGAACCCCCCUCACGGGCCAGAUGUCACGGGCCAUCAUCCUCCUUUCGAAUAUGCUGAUUUUGACAUGACCCAUGCCGAAAAGGAAGUCUUUCGACAGAUCCUGAAGCCCGACGACAGUUACGAUGAAAAUGGCGUCUACUGGGCCGACUUGCCCUGGCUUCAGCGAGCCAGAUUCGUCAGCAGAGUCAACCGCGAAGAAACGAGACGGGAGUUUCGGGCUUUCUGGCGAAUGUUCAAAAAGGACCCUCUAGCUCCCGUUAGCUUCUACUUCCGAAACAUGGUUCUUCCUGGUGCCGGCCUUGGUCUCGAAGGAUACGUGCUUUUCUCGAUCGGCAAUCUGAAGCCUCUGUUCCAAAAGGGAUUCGCCGAAUGCUGGAACUCACAGACCAUUUGCAACCCGACCUGGAUCAAGGCUGUCGACUACCUCGAAAUCUGUGGUAUCAUUGUCGGUCAAAUUCUCGUCGGCUUCAUCGGCGACUGGAUCGGCCGUCGGUGGGGUCUGAUCCAAGAUGCAACCAUUAUGUUUAUCGGCCUGCUCAUGUUGACUGCUUCAUGGGGUGUCACUCAGAACGGCUGGGUCAUCUGCUAUGCUUGGUCGCUGUUUUUCUACGGUAUCGGUGUUGGCGGCGAGUACCCCAUGACUGCUACUUCAGGCAUGGAGAACUCGGUUGGCUCCGGAAAGAUUUCGACCAGGGAAGACCGUCUCCACCGGGGCCGCAAGGUUACCAGCGCGUUCUUGAUGCAAGGUUGGGGUCAGUUCUUCAACCAAGUCAUUCUCAUCCUGCUGCUUUUGAUCUUCCACCAUGGUAGUGGCAAUGCCCCUUAUUCCAAGGUCGCAGUGCAAUAUACCUUCCGGGUUUCGUUCGCCAUUCCCGCCGUCGGCACCUUGUGGCUGGUUUACUGGCGUACUUUCAAGGUCAAAUCUGGCGCCAACAAACAGUUGCAGUACGCCAAAAAGAAGAACGCCGUGACUGGAUAUGACACAGAAUCCUUGUCUCUCACCGUCCGCCACUUCGGUGGGCGUUUGAUCGCCACCGCUGGGACCUGGUACAUGAACGACAUUUUCUUCUACGGCAACAAGUUGUUCCAGAGCGAAUUCAUCAAGGUCAUCAUGCCUCACAGCAACUCAAUCAUGCCCGGCUGGCUAUACAACCUCAUCAAUGUCGGCGUGUCGCUCUGUGGGUAUUAUCUGGCCAGCUUCUUGAUUGACAACAAACUUUAUGGUCGCAAGCACAUGCAAAGUGUUGGAUUCCUGAUGGAUUUCAUCCUCUUCAUCGUCCCGGCGUUCAACUUCAAGCAUUACACCUCGAUUAACCACAUCAAGGAGUUCCAGGCCAUGUACUUCCUGUCCUCCUUCUUCAACCAGUUUGGCCCCAACUCUGUCACCUUCAUUGCCGCCGCCGAAGUCUAUCCCGUUGCCGUUCGAGCCACCGCUCACGGUUUCUCGGCCGCCGUGGGCAAACUCGGCGCCUUGACGGCUUCUGUUCUUUACAACUACAUUGACACUCAGACCAAGUUUUAUGUCGUCCCGUGGUUUGGCCUGGCGGGAGUGGUCCUCAAUGUCCUCUUCAUGCCCGACACAACCGGGUUGGAUCUCAAGGAACAGGAGCGCCGCUGGGCGUACAUCCGUUCCGGUCGCGAACACGAGUACCAUGGGAUUGCCAUUCAUCCCAAACACUUGAGUUUGUGGGAGCGCAUGCGGGGUGUUGGCAAGCACUACGAUCCCGAGCUCGACUACCAGAAACGAAUUGAGGAGAUGCGGGCCGAGUGGGAGGAGCGCAUGGCACAAAAGAUUCAAGAGAAGCAACACGCCCACGAUGAGCACGACGAUGCUUUUGAUGACGACUUCCAUGAGAACGUCAGCUCCUACUUCAAGCGGUCCACUCGAUCUCCUCUGAUCCAGGGUGCCGAGAAUGAAAAGAUCCCUCCUCACGAAGGCCUGAAAGGUCAAAACGGUGAAGGCAUCUGA